AUGUUACUAUUUGUUGUCAUUCGUCAGUCUGCUGACAGUUGCCAGUUCCAGUGUGCAGAUUGCGGCAAACAGUACAAAUACAAACACAAUUUGAGCGGCCACAGAAGACUCGAGUGUGGGAAGGAACCAAUGUUCCCUUGUCCCCUCUGUAGCGAGUUUCCGUGCGAGAACUGCGGCAAACGCUACAAGUACAAGUACAACCUCAAUCAGCACAAGCGCCUCGAGUGCGGCAAAGCGCCUCAGUUCGCCUGUCACUUGUGCGACUAUACGGCUCGCUGGAAGGGUGGGCCCCAAGUUCACAUCUGUGACGAUUGCGGACGCAGGUACAAGUACCGGUACAAUCUGAACCAGCACAAGAGAGCCGAGUGUGGUAAAGAGCCACAGUUCUCCUGCAUAUAUUGCCCCUUCCGCACCAAGCAAAAGACACUUCUGGAAACGGCCAGAGCCACCACGAUUGUCGGAGGACCUCGCUUUGUAUGUGACUGCGGCAGAAGCUACAAGUACCGCAGUAACCUCAACCAGCACAAGCGCCUCGAGUGCGGCAAAGCUCCGCAGUUCUCCUGUCCCGUGUGUCCGUAUAAAGCAAAACAGAAGAGCAGCCUCAAGAGUCAUUUUGUCAAUAAGCAUUCCGACCUUCCGUUCCCGUUCUAG